CAAUAGUGAGGUUGGAAGGAUUAGGAAACACCUUGACAUAUAUUUGUGGACAAAUUCAGAAAUGGCACCAGAACAUGGACAUGAGGAUCAAUGUCCAGAGGAAUCAAAAUCUGCAAUGGAAAGAAACUGUCAUGAAGAGUCCUUAGCAGCUAAUGCUGAGUAUUCAGUGGGAUUACCAGAAGCCCGUGCACUGGCAUUAACCUGUGACCUCUGUCAACAUAGAAUGCAGACGGUGGCUGAUCUCCUUCUGCUUACAAGUGACACAAGACCUGUAAGAACAGCCAGUCUCUCAGUAUUUGGAGAGAGUGUAUCUCGAUGUCGAGAGACUGUGGCAUCUCGAACCAGAGGUCUCACAGUGCUGCUUCGUGACUUGGCAGCGCUAAUUCAUCGUGACACUAUCACAGGCAUACAAGAGAUUCGGGUAUGUAUUGAGGAGAUUUGUGACCUGGUGGUGUCACUGACAGAAUGCUGUGCCCAUGCAGGCUAUUUACUGGCUGUGCUUCAAGAUGGUAGCAGCCCUGAGACUCCAGGACCAGUUGAUCGAUAUCAACUCUGCAGAGCUGCAGCUGAAACUGAACACAAGACAGGCUUGUUGAGGACCUACCGACUACAUACUGUCACUGCUCUGCAACUUACAGAUAUCUGCAUUAGCGUGACAGAAGGUGCAAAUGUGCUGACAGAUGGAUGCCUGAAAGCUGCAGAUGAGGCUCCAGAAGACAACUUAAGGGAGCAAUUUCGUCUCUGUCUCAAAAGUGUCACAGCUGCAGUCAACACAUUCUGUGGCAGUAUUAAAUUUCUCAAAGACAGACCAACAGAAACCAACUACAGAGCUUGUCAGGUGUUUGGUGAAGCCCUGACCACGGCAUGCAAUGCACUGGCUGUUUUUGCAACACAGGACCCCUCUCUAACAGGAACAGGAGCCAAACUGAGUCAGACAGGACGUGACACAUUGCAUUCAGUACUGAGUGGGUGUAUGGGGGUGGUGUCUCCAUGUGUACUUGUGUGUGCAAUUGUCCAUGGUCUGGCAACAACUGUUGCCUCAGGAAGCUGUAGGGGAGAUGGGAAGGAACAGACUGCCAUAAUGAAAGUUCAGCAAUGCCAAGCAGCUGUUGUACGCAGUGCCAGCAGACUGGAGCAAGCCCUGGGGAACGGUAACGAACUAACAUAAGAUAUAUAUAUAUUAUUACGCAACUAGAUAAUGAUACUAAAAAAAAUAUAUAAUGCAAUAAAAUAUGAUAUAACUUUAUUUUAAAAUUAUAGCAAAGAAUAAUAAUUCAGGAAUAUAGUCUAAAAUAAGUUAUAAUAAGAAUCUAUAGUAUAUAAAUUUCUCUACAAUAUAGAUAUCAUUCAACAAAGUUGUAUGGUACAGGAUGUGUGAAGCUUACAUUGUUUCCAAACAUCAACGAAUUAUGAAUUAUUCAGACUCUCUGAGAGUUCAUAAAAUAUUUCCACUCAUUACAUUAUCACUUUCUGUUCCUGCUACUACUACUGCUAUGUACUACUACUUUUCAAGUCCAUAAACUCCCUAUGUUAUUGUUAGUAAUAUUUUACUGCCACCAUUUUGUGUAAUCAGUGAAUUAGUAAAUCAGGGCAACAGAUUGUAUCUAUGUACAGCUUGGCAUGAAAGUAGCAUUAUAUCUUAGACCACCUCCAUACCACUGCAUAAUGUUUUAAAAUUGCUCCCAAACACAAAUGCUGACUGGAUAUUCACCAUCAGUCACAGGCAUAGGUUAUGAAGACAAUGCUGAUAAAAGAGACUCAACAUCAAAUCCAGUGACAGACUUUGGUGCUGGUAUUAUUCAGGUUACAGUAGCAAGUUAACCAUUAGUCAGUUGUAAUAAAAUAUUUACAUAUUUCUAUUGUGUUAAAUAUAAAUGUCAAAAAAAACAUGUUUCAAAUAAGAGAUAAAGACCUUAACAAGACCUCAUUUUGUCAUGUAAAAGCUGUCAUUUGUGAUGUAGUGAAAAAUGUUGUAAUUCUCAUCUGACAUUCAUAUAUAGUAUGAUAAAAAUAAAAUUUUUACAACAUUUAGCCUAGACCCCUAAAUACCACCACUGAUAUUCCUGAUUCCUGAUGAGGUGGAUUUUUUCAAUUGACCUAAUCCUUCCAGCCAAAUUAUGGCCCUGGGGUCAACUCGGCCUCUAAAAGAAAUGAGUACCAGGAAUCGUCCUGGGGGGAAAAGGGCAGCCAGCCUGUAAGGCUGACAACCUAACCACGAUCUGUGAGCUGUCUAGAGAAAAUGUGGGAGCCUUGAUGUUUCACAACCCUAUGAGCCUUCAAGGCCUGUUACAGGGAUAGCUUUAUCUUUUUAUCUUGUAAUAGAUCUAUGUACUUAUUCAACUGCAAUCCUUAUACCACUCUUACUGCAGCUGUCCCACAUAAAUGAACCUGGGCUGAAGAAGAAAAGGCAUCACUCAUGCAUGUCUGAACAACUGUUUCUUUUUCUUUCAUAUAUGCACACAAGUCAACUUACUUGUAUAUUAAAGCUCUUCUAUAGUAUUAUAAAUUAUUUCAGUUAUGUUUCAAUAUGAUCAUGAAGUUCAAUUGUAAUGUGAUUCACAAGUUUCUGUUAUGGUAAAACUGCAGUGCAAUGAAUACAUAAUAACCUUAAUCAGUUUCUUUUUAUGGUUUAUUUCACAAGACUGUCAGAAGCUCAAACAGUAGGUUGACUGGUGAAUAAUCAAUUUGAAAGGAUUUGGAAGGAAGCAGUCAUGGCCUAUUCAAGGUGCCAUUCUUGCAUGUGCCUAGAAGGAA